AUACACACACCAUUGAUUCAUCGUCAACAGCAUUAUUCUUGAGGCUACUGCAGAAGAUGGAAGAACUAGUUAAGAUCAAGGAGGAAGAAGAGGGUGAUAUUUAUGAUAGACUUUCAGCUUACUAUACCGGUACUAAUAGUUCAUUUAAUGAGAUGCAUCAUUCUAAACCAAAUUCUAAACAAGGACGACAAACAUAUUCUUGUGCUGUUCAGUGUAAUUUAGAUAGUGAAGACACUUCGCAAACAGAGACGGAAAGCGAAUUGAUUGAAGAAGAUGAAGUGCUUAAUAAUGAAGCUAAGAAGGAGAAUGCAGUAAAUAAACCCUUCACGAACACGUAAUGAAUCCUUCUAACAAAUACCGUACAUUUUGAAGAUCGUCAAUGGGAGUCACAGCGAGCAGAUGAGUGGAAAAGCCCAAUGCUGUUCCAACCAUAUUUAAUGUUCCCAACCAACCAAAACUGUUGGCGCCAAAACGACAAUCUCACUACAAGGUUAUGGAAACUAGUGGAAUUGUUGAAUCUUCGAAUAUUACAGGAAACUGGAAAAUCUGAUGUAGAGGAUGGAGUUGCACAUCUUCAUGAGGCUCAGGCUACAGAAGAACAGAAGAGAAUUCUUCAGCUCGAAAAUGAAGUCUCCUCACUGAAAGCACAGCUCAAGGAGAAAGAAUCGAUGAUGGAGGUAAUCCUGAAUAAAGAGCAGAUAUAUGCUUUGAAACGCACGCCAAACCAAGAAUCCAAGACGCCAAUUGCCAAGACUCCCUUGCAGAUGGUGUAAUUGAAACAGUUUUUCCCGAAAGUUCAAAUCUGGACAGUGAGGAUUUGAACAGUUUGAACAGAAAGAAUCGUUUGUUUUUUUUAUACGUGAGUUGUUUUUUAUACAGUAGAAUUUAUUAUAAUUGUAAAGGGGUUAUCCUUUCCUAAAAAUUUUCCUUGAAUUAGAUUUGAAAUUUCUUAUACUCAUUCAUAUUCCUAUAAGUAGUAGUUCUCAUAUUACAUCUUCUCGACUUCGGACUUUGCGGGAGUAUGUGGACUUCACCUCGAGGACUUCGGGACAUCGCGGGAUUUCAUGGACUCAAUGACUCAAGCACUCAAGGACUUCGUGGGAUUUCGCGGACUUCACGGGCUUCUUCGAGUUGACUUCAGCUUCAGCGCAAGGCGAGUUGUGAAUUGUCACUACACUCUACGAGAUCGAUUUUCCUGAAUAUCUGGAGGAUAUUAUGCAAGCAGAGACGUUUGGCUGUUAACACAAGCAGGGCCUGAAUUUUCAUCACGUAGUAUGCUGUACACUACUCAACAACGGAGAGGACAUCAGGCGCUAAUCAGAGCUUCCGUAUAACGAAGAACAAACUUUAUCUUUUGUGGAAAUCAUAACAGAUGAAUUUCGAUGCUGGGAGAUUUCAUUAUUUUGGUGGCUCGAUUGGAUGGCAAUUGGAUGAAUUAUUAAUAUCCAGUGACUACUCAACCACCGUAGCCUAUUACUGGUUGGACACACACAUGCUACUACAUGCGAGCUGAGCUGCGAGAUAUUUCUUCGACAGUUGAGAGACGGCUCGAUUUCAACCAGAAAUAUGGAUGCCUUACGAU